CAACACACAAAACGGAAAAGCACAAAACCAGACCGUACAGUCUUAGAAAGAGCUUCCAUUAUUACAGUGAAACCCAAACUCCCCUUAUCUCUCGCUCUGCUUCCUCGCGGCGAGUCUCGGCGGAUCGAGCUCUCCGAUCCUUGGAGAACAUUCUAGGAGCAGUGUAGAGUUCUUGUAGAAAAGUUUCCGUUUCGUUCCUGUAUAGUUUCCGUAACCUGUACAGAACCCCGAAAAACAGAAAUAAAAGAAACGAAACCCGUUUCGAUGGAAUUGUACGGUCGCAACCCGGCGAGAAAUGGCUCCCAAUCGGGCCAAAACCAACAGGAGUGGGUCCCCUCCGGCGGCGAGACUGGGCUCCAUGAGUCCAUGUGGCAAAUGGGGCUGAGGACCAGCGAAUCGUACCCGGAGCGACCCGGCGUGCCCAAUUGCGUGUACUACAUGCGAACCGGGUUCUGUGGAUAUGGUAGCAGGUGCCGGUACAAUCAUCCUCGUGAUCGCGUCGCGGUUGCGGAAGCUGUAAAAGCUACAGGGGAGUACCCAGAGCGAGUUGGGGAACCUGCAUGUCAGUAUUAUUUGAAAACUGGGACGUGUAAAUUUGGUGCGUCCUGCAAAUUUCACCAUCCAAAACACGGAGGUGGAUCUUUGAGCCAAGCUCCACUAAAUAUUUAUGGAUACCCAUUACGACCGGGUGAGAAAGAAUGCUCCUAUUAUUUGAAAACGGGGCAGUGCAAAUUUGGUUUAACUUGUAAAUUCCAUCAUCCUCAAAUAGCUGGUACCUCAAUGCCAGCUUCUGCACCUCAGUUUUAUCCGCCGGUGCAGUCCCCUUCGCAUCCUACACCUGACCAUUAUGGCAGUGCAUCCACCAGCUUGAGGGUGCCUAGGCCUCCGCUAUUACCUGGUUCUUAUGUGCAAGGGACUUAUGGUCCUGUGCUGCUUUCCCCAGGGCUUGUUCCUAUGCCGGGUUGGAGUCCUUAUUCGACGCCUGUAAGCCCUGUACUAUCUCCUGGUGCUCAGCCUGCAGUCGGAGCAACUUCUCUGUAUGGAGUAACACCACUAUCAUCAUCAUCACCUGCACUUGGGCGACCUUAUCCUUCAUUACCCUCUUCUGCCGACCCUUCAAGCGCUAGCCAGAACGAACAAUCAUUUCCUGAGAGACCUGGCGAGACUGAAUGCCAGUACUAUAUGAGAACAGGGGUCUGUAAAUUCAGAUCGUCUUGUCGAUAUCAUCAUCCUCGGGACCGGGUUGUUCCCAGGACUUUCCUUAGUCCCAUUGGUCUCCCCUUGCGUCCGGGGGCACAGCCUUGUGCUUUUUACUUGCAAAAUGGGCAUUGCAAAUUUGGGUCAACGUGUAAAUUUGAUCAUCCGAUGGGGACAAUGAGAUACAGUCCAUCUGCAUCAUCACUCAUUGAUAUGCCAGUUGCUCCAUACCCAGUUGGGUCUUUCCCAGCUACCCUGGCUCCUUCAUCCUCUUCUUCAGAGCUUCGGCCUGAACUGAUUUCCGGGUCCCAAAGGGAAUCUUAUUCAACCAGAAUGCCCCCUUCUGGGAAUACCAGUAGUACAGUUGGUUUAAUUUUUUCUCAAACUGGGUCAGCUUCACUCCCUGAAGUGCAACUUUCAAGUCAGAUUUCUUCCCCUUUAAGCAGUGGCAGAAGCACAAGACAAAGUGGUGAGGUUCGUCGUUCAACCUAAUGCAAAACCUAAUAGCCAUUCUUCAUUGUCUUCUGAAUAUGGUUUCAGCAGUGUCAUUAUCCUUUCUAUUUAUAGAUAUCAGUUAAUCUUUAGUAGUCAAUUAUAUCAACCAAUUUGGUUUAGCUCACACUUGGACUCAUCUCCUUCUCAUAUCCUCUGUAUAGUCAUGAAUAUAUAUGUAUUUAUACAUUUUUAUGAAAGUGAGGAAGUAUCUAAAGGAGUUUUACACU